GAGGGAGUUUCCAGGAAGUGGCCAUAUUGGAUCCAUUCACCGCAUCCACCCGCGGCGGGCAGCGACAGCCGCGCUCCCGCCGCCGGAGCCGCGCCAGCCCCGGCCAUGGCCGCCACCGACCUGGAGCGCUUCUCGAAUGAAGAGAAGAGGAACCUUUCGCUGGGGGGCCAUGUGGGCUUUGACAGCCUCCCUGAUCAGCUGGUCAGCAAGUCUGUCACACAAGGCUUCAGCUUCAACAUCCUCUGUGUGGGUGAGACUGGCAUUGGGAAAUCCACGCUGAUGAACACCCUGUUCAACACCACCUUCGAGACRGAGGAAGCCAGUCACUACGAGAGCGCGGUGCGCCUGCGGCCACGCACCUACGACCUGCAGGAGAGCAACGUCCACCUCAAGCUGACCAUUGUGGACGCCGUGGGAUUUGGGGAUCAGAUCAAUAAAGACGAAAGUUACAGGCCAAUCGUAGAGUACAUUGAUACGCAGUUUGAAAACUAUUUGCAAGAAGAGCUGAAGAUCCGCCGGUCCCUCUUCAACUACCAUGACACCAGGAUUCACGUCUGCCUCUACUUCAUCACCCCCACCGGGCACUCGCUCAAAUCCUUGGACCUGGUGACAAUGAAGAAGCUGGAUAGCAAGGUGAACAUCAUCCCGAUCAUUGCCAAAGCAGACACCAUCUCCAAGAGCGAGCUGCACAAGUUCAAGAUCAAGAUCAUGAGCGAGCUGGUCAGCAAUGGAGUGCAGAUCUAUCAGUUCCCCACGGACGACGAGGCAGUGGCUGAGAUCAACUCUGUGAUGAAUGCUCAUCUGCCCUUCGCCGUGGUCGGCAGCACGGAGGAGGUGAAGGUUGGGAACAAGCUGGUGCGAGCUCGGCAGUACCCGUGGGGAGUGGUGCAAGUGGAGAAUGAAAGUCACUGUGACUUUGUGAAGCUGCGGGAGAUGCUGAUCCGGGUGAACAUGGAGGAUCUGCGGGAGCAGACCCACACCCGCCACUACGAGCUCUACCGGAGGUGCAAGCUGGAGGAGAUGGGCUUCAAGGACACGGAUCCGGACAGCCAGCCCUUCAGCCUCCAAGAAACAUACGAGACCAAAAGGAAAGAGUUCUUGGGUGAGCUCCAGAGGAAAGAGGAAGAAAUGAGACAAAUGUUUGUUAACAAAGUCAAGGAGACAGAGGCAGAGCUGAAGGAGAAGGAGAGAGAGCUGCACGAGAAGUUUGAGCACUUAAAAAGGAUACACCAGGAAGAGAAAAGGAAGGUGGAGGAGAAGAGGAAGGAGCUGGAGGAYGAGAUGAACGCCUUCAACAGGCGGAAAGUCGCAGUGGAAACCUUGCAGUCCCAAUCCUUGCAGGCUACCUCACAGCAGGCGCUGAAGAAGGACAAAGACAAGAAAAAGCAGAGUUCUUAUCUUAGCUUGCUGCACAUUAAUUGACAUUGCUGAAGCCAGCAGGAGCAAGGUUAAUCACACACAGACUUUCAGGCCAAGAGUGGACUUGGUGCUUUCAUGUGUUAAGUUGCUUGAGUUUCCCACCCCGUGACCCUUCUCAUAACAUUGUGUGAGUGGACCAAAGUGAAAGAGAAAAUGAGCAUCUCCGGUGGUUGCAGUGUUCCAACCCGCUGUUUUCUGUUCAGAAUUAUCAGGAGGUUUGCAGGAAGUAACCUUAUGUGUACAUUGUGCUAAACAAAGCCAACUAAUCCCUCAAGUAAGAUGUUUUGUUCUAAACCCAGUGAUGGAGCAGCCGUGUAUAAAGUGACCAUAACAGAAUUCAUCUUACCAGCUAAAUAAUUGCUUUCUACUUUUUUUUUUUAUUUAAUUGGCUAAGUGGACUGCUGGAGGCUCAUCGACCUUCCCCUGUACAUGCACAGUGAGAGGAGUGGUCUGAGGAAUGCUUAAAUGUUUAUUUUUCUAACAGAAUUCUCAAAUAAGUUUUUAGUAUGGGUAGAAAAACACAACACUUAAGCUUUCUGCAGGAAUCUUAGUCAGAGUAACCCUCGUUCUAGUAAUUCUAUAUAUAAUCCUGAAUUACUCUAAACACUUUCUACAUCAUUUAUAAUAUAUAUAUAUGAGGAGAGAGAGAGASUGGUUAAUAAAAUUCAUGGGACAAUGUUUUGAAUUUUCUUUACUGCUAAAGUAGAACAUUUAUAGAGAGGUUUUUCAUAAAAGUUUGUUGUAUAAAGUGGAACUACAGGAUUUGUGUAACAUUUCAGUUGUCACUUACCAAUGUAUUUACUGUCAUGGAAACUAUUUAAGCCAACAUCUUUACUUUUACUCUUUAACCUUAAACCUAAUACGUGCCUAAUAAGGAGAAUCCCCUGCUCUUGAGCUGUGCACUGUAUUUAUGCUGGCAGGCUCUGUUCCUCUUAGAAGGUGCUUCUUUUGAUACUCCUCAUGCCUAGAAAUCACAGCCUUGUUUUCCUGGGCAACUGAGCUUACAGGACUGAUUAGGAUCAAUAUUAAUUUUUUCCACUCAAACCAUUUUGUGAAUAGGCAGGGCAAUAACUGAACAGAGAGUUACUAGCUAUGUUGUCAUGGAAAAAUAGCUGGACCCAAUUCCAUCCAUCCAUCUGAUCCUAGGCUAAAUGAAAGGAAAURUUUUAUAUUAACCCUCACAUAGUGUCUUUAGAGUUUAUAAAAACACUGGCUGGCUAAGUGUUAGUUGUGAGUGUGUUUUUAUUUAGUUAUUAAUGUUACAGGAUUUUUCUGAUACAGUUUUUGUUAAAGACAUGUCUUUAAGCUGUCAGCAAAUUCCUGAUGUGCCGUGCAGAGGGAGAUGCAGGGCCUGGCUCUGAGCUGUCACAGGGCUG